AAAUGCCAAUGUAGACCACUGCGGCGAAGAUGGCAUCAAGUUGAGACCCUUUCUGGAGAGUGGAGACUCCUUGAGCAAUGGCGUCGCUUGCCAGAUUGCUCCAGAACCGCCCUGCCUCGUGUCUAUAUCAAAAGAUCAAUGACCCGACUUCAAAAGGCGUCUUCCUGCUUGCCCAGUUGUCAACUUCUGCUCAAAAUCUAUCGCCACCAACGCCGCCGCCACCGCCACCGCCGCAAUCUCAUGAUCAGAAAAAAUGGAAAUGGUCGAGUCUGUUCCUUUUCAUCCCUGGGGCAAUCACGUUCGGGCUUGGAACAUGGCAGCUCUUUAGGCGCCAGGAAAAGAUUGAAGAGCUGGAGUUUAAAAAGAAGAGACUGCAGAUGGAACCGACUAACUUGAAUAGCAUGUCUUCGCAACUGCCUGGGCCUGGGGACUUAGGUUCUUUGGAGUUCAGGAGGGUUGUGUGUGAAGGAGUUUAUGAUGAAAGUAAAUCGGUUUUUGUUGGUCCUCGGUCUAGAAGCAUUUCUGGCUUAAUGGAGAAUGGCUACUAUGUUCUCACACCGUUGUUGCUGAGGAAGGAACCCGGGAGUGUGCAGUUAUCUGUUCUGGUUAAUAGAGGAUGGGUGCCACGUAGUUGGCGAAACAAGUUUCUGGAAAAUUCUGCUGAAAUUGCACAGUCCUCAAUUACAACGGUAGAUGAUGCUGAGCAUAAACAUGAACCAUGGUGGAAAUUUUGGACCAAGGGAGCCGCAGUUAGUAAGGACCUCAAACACCACAACAUUGGAUUGGUGAAAGUUCUUGGCGUAAUCCGUGGGAGUGAGAAACCAAGCAUAUACGUGCCAGCUAAUGAACCCAGCACAGGGCAGUGGUUUUAUGUUGAUGUUCCGGCAAUGGUACAGCAUCUUGGGCUUCCAGAGAGUACAAUUUAUGUAGAAGAAAUUAAUGAGGAUGUCAAUCCAAGUAAACCAUAUCCAAUACCAAAAGAACUCAAUUCUUUGAUCUCUCACUCAGUCAUGCCAAGGGACCAUCUAAACUAUGUCUUCACUUGGUACUCUUUGUCAGCGGCAGUAACUUUCAUGGCAAUUAAAAGAACAUUGCCCAAGAAAAGUCAGAGAUAACAUUGCAGAUGCAAGAUUGUUUUCUCUUCACCAGCAACCACCAGAAGUGUACACAUUUCCGCUCAUGGAGUAAACAACCGAGCUCAUAUUUUAACCCCGGCUGAAGAGGGCUGUUGAUGACUCGUUUGCUUCUGCUUUCAUUUAGAUCCAUUCGUUGUUGGCUUCACAGGUGCUAUUUAUGGAAAUAAGAUUUCGAGUCUCUCACCAAGUGAAUUUUCUGUCCACUUUUUGUGGCUGUUACAGCUUUUUGUCAGUUCUGGAGGUACAUACUUCCGUUUUCUUUUACAGCACAUGGAGCUAAGCUAUGUCCAUGAAAUAACAUAGACAAAGCGGUAGAAAUUGGUUUCUUGUUUUUUAAGGGGAGAAAACAAAUACAAACUGGAGCAACAGAACAGUCGCUGCUUGAUGAAGCUAAAUGGUGUGAUAUUCAUAGCAACUUUUUGCCAGUGGUUGUCUUACAUGUCAAAUAAGGGAUGGGCAACAUAUUGAGAUAUCAAGUCAUUCAUGAAUUCCACCAAAAACCAUUGUAUGUUUUACUUAAUUUAUCAUUCGUGUAGCUCUGGUGGUGUUUAGCUUAACAAAGUCACAUUGGAGCUGA